AUGGGAAACGGAACGGAAGAGAGGACGACAUUAACGUCACCUAUUGCACAAUUGACCACACCAUACACCAAACACUGUUCCCCUGUCGUGUACGUGACUGUACUCGUCAUUGGUCUACCGGCAAAUUGUGUGUCUUUGUAUUACGGCUACCAACAGAUCAAAGCCAAGAAUGAACUAGGAAUAUACUUAGUCAACCUAACCCUGGCCGAUCUCCUCUACAUCUUCUCUUUGCCUUUCUGGCUCCAAUAUGUCCUCCAGCAUGAUGACUGGACCUAUAAUGAGACCAUGUGCAAAAUCUGCGGCAUUCUCCUCUACGAGAACAUCUACAUCAGUAUUGCCUUCUUGUGUUGCAUUUCCAUGGAUCGGUACCUCGCUUUGGUCCACCCUUUCAGGUUCCACAAACUCCGGACAAUGAAAGCGGCUAUUCUAAUCAGCGUGGUCAUUUGGCUGAAGGAACUACUGACCAGUUACAUCUUCUUUGAGCACGGGGAGGUCAGCAAGGACCCGGACAGCCACAUAGUCUGCUUUGAGCACUACCCCAUCAAAAACUGGGAGCACAGUAUUAAUUAUUAUCGAUUCUUCGCGGGUUUCCUCUUCCCGAUCUUCUUGCUCUUGUUUUCUUACUGUAGGAUCUUUAAAGUGGUUCGAAAGAGCCAAGGUACGCAGACCAGGAAAAAGCUGCAGAUCAAGCAGCUGGUCCUAAGUACAGUCAUGAUUUUCCUGGUCUGCUUUGGUCCCUACCACAUCCUUGUGGUCAUUCGGAGUUUGUUCGAGAAAACUUGUUCCUUUGCAUCAAAAAUUUUCAACGUGUAUCACUUCUCACUUCUUCUCACCAGCUUCAACUGCGUGGCGGAUCCCAUGCUCUACUGCUUUGCCAGCGAGAACACCUACAAAGACUUUGUGAAGUUCAAGGACUCGUGCAGUUCCUUCAUCAGAUGCCUGCAGGGCAGCAGCAAGGAGACAUACGAGCUGAACUAUACGGACGUGUCCAGCGCAGAGGCUGGCAGAAUAAAACCACCACCUGCGGAAAAUGAGACUUCAACCUUCUGCCAACAGAAAACUGGUGUCCACAAUGAGACUUCAACCUUCUGCCAACAGAAAACGGUGUCCACGAUGAGACUUCAACCUUCUGCCAACAGAAAACCGGUGUCCACGAUGAGACUUCAACCUUCUGCCAACAGACUUCAAAAACAGAAAACCGGUGUCCACAAUGAGACUUCAACCUUCUGCCAACAGAAAACCGAGUCCACAAUGAGACUUCAACCUUCUGCCAACAGAAAACCGGUGUCCACGAUGAGACUUCAACCUUCUGCCAACAGAAAACCGGUGUCCACGAUGAGACUUCAACCUUCUGCCAACAGAAAACCGGAGUCCACGAUGAGACUUCAACCUUCUGCCAACAGAAAACCGGUGUCCACGAUGAGACUUCAACCUUCUGCCAACAGAAAACCGGAGUCCACGAUGAGACUUCAACCUUCUGCCAACAGAAAAACCGGUGUCCACGAUGAGACUUCAACCUUCUGCCAACAGAAAACCGGAGUCCACGAUGAGACUUCAACCUUCUGCCAACAGAAAACCGGAGUCCACGAUGAGACUUCAACCUUCUGCCAACAGAAAACUGGAGUCCACAAUGAGACUGAACCAUCUGCUGUCCCUCAGUCCUAG